AAAAAGAAAAGAAAUUGGAGGCAGUCUUUGCGCUUCGUCAUCUCCCAAAUCGUCGAUGGCUCUUUCAGCAGCUACUUAGGGAUCUGUUUCCUCCGUUCAGUCUCAGUCACAGUCACAGUCACACUCCACAAGGAUGUUACAGCAGCCUCGCACAUCCGUAAAGUGAUUUGCUAUUCAAUUUUGAAAACUAGCUUCUACAGAUAAUAGGUGCAGAACUAUAUUAUCUUAGGUUGCAUCAAAGAUGGUUGGGAACUAUCCAGUCCAUGUCUUAACAUUGCCAGCUACUUUUCCUCCAUCUUUGAUGUCCCUACCUGGGAAUUUUUCCAAUGGAAUCCCUUAUCUUCCUUGUAGACCCCAAACAAGAUUCAACAGAAUAAAAUCUAUGUCAGCUGAUGCGGGGCCUGGAGAAACAUCAUCUACUUCGGAAGCAACAAAUCCUCUAGCUAUCAUUUUAGACCUUCCUCGUGCUGUUUGGAGACAAACACUACGUCCACUAGGCGAUUUUGGGUUUGGUAGAAGGAGCAUCUGGGAAGGAGGGGUUGGACUACUUUUAGUAUCUGGUUCAGUUUUACUUGCUCUUAGUUUAGCCUGGUUGAGGGGUUUCCAAAUACGAUCCAAAUUCAGAAAGUACACGGCUGUCUUUGAGUUUGCUCAGGCUUGUGGUAUAUGCACUGGAACACCUGUAAGGAUCAGAGGGGCAACUGUUGGCAAUGUCAUUCGUGUUAAUCCUUCCUUAAAAUGUAUUGAAGCAAUUGCAGAGAUUGAAGAUGAUAAAACAAUUAUACCACGAAAUUCGCUGGUUGAAGUUAACCAGUCGGGUCUUCUCAUGGAAACUUUGAUCGACAUUACACCUCAAGAUCCUAUUCCAACACCAUCAGUUGGACCUCUUGACCCAAAAUGUUCCAAAGAAGGUCUCAUUGUGUGUGAUCGAGAAAGGAUCAAGGGGUAUGAGGGAGUUAGUUUGGAUGCAUUGGUUGGGGUAUUCACCCGGCUCGGACGAGAUGUAGAGGAAAUUGGUAUUGCCAAUACUUAUUCAUUGGCUGAAAGAGUUUCUUCUGUUAUUGAAGAAGCAAAGCCACUUCUUAUAAAGAUCAAAGCCAUGGCUGAUGAUGUGCAACCUUUGUUGGCUGAAGUUCAUGAGACUGGUCUAUUGAAGGAGGUUGAGAAUUUGACCCAAAGCCUUACACAAGCCUCUGAAGAUUUGAGAAGGGUACAUUCGUCCAUCAUGACCCCUGAGAACACUGAACUUAUUCGCAAGUCUAUUUACACUCUCAUAUUUACCCUGAAGAACAUUGAGAAUAUUAGCUCUGAUAUAUUGGGUUUCGCUGGUGAUGAGGCUACAAGAAGGAAUUUGAAAUUACUUAUCAAGUCUCUCAGCAGGUUAUUGUAAGGUCCAAGUAAAAUAAAAUAGGUUAUAACAGGUGAUUACUUUCUUUGCAAUGCAUUUUAUCAACCGCAACAUUGGAGCAUUUCAAAGUAUCUUGUACUCCUUUCUGUAGCUGUUUCUAUGGUGCUACUACCCAAGAUUGUGACAUAGAAGCACUUUUGAUGAUCUUCAAGAACAGCAGAUUUUAUUGAUUGAGGCAGCCGAGUUGACGAUAUUUUCUCCAUCUAGAAUAUAUAAAAGGUGAAUCUCAAUGGCUUGUCAUUCCCCAAUUAAAUCACUUAGUUGAGAGAGUUCGAUGACAGGCGCUUGGCAUCAAAGUGUUUCAUGAAUGCAAUUGCAAUCUUUGGGAUCAAGAAAUUGAUCAGUGCAUGAUCAUUUCCUUUUACUGUCUCAUGUUAAGAAGAUUUUUUGGAAUUUAAUGUUAUGGAAGCAUCUUCAUCUUCAUUUUUAUAAAAAUUAUUUCAAUCCCUGUUACGUAGGCAA